GUUACCUGCGGCGUAUCAAAAGUCAAGACGCAAGAAGGAUAUUUGGAACCCACUCGAGAAGGCGGACGAAGUGUCAGUCCAUUCAGGGCGGAGGGGGGCGGCGGAGGCCGGAGGGUUUUCCGCUGAGAACCAGCGUCUCUGUUCUUUAACAAGCAAGUCUUAUAUGUUUGACCCAUUUCACCAGGAUGACCACCUAUGUUCUUGGGCUGGAAGAUUAAUUAUACCUCCUUUUUGUAUAUAGUAAGAUGCAGUCAACCGUACGUAGAAGAAGCAACAUUGUCCAGCUAAAUAAAAAAAUAAUUUCAUUGGGGAAAAGGGGCCAAAUCGAAGAGGCCAUUAGAGUGUUCAGGAAAAUAACACACCCUAACACUGUCACCUACAACUCCAUGAUCUCUUCCUAUGCAAAAAAUGGCAGAACAGAACACGCACGUCUUCUGUUUGAUAAAAUGCCGAAUAGGAACUUGGUUUCUUGGAACACAUUAAUCAGUGGCUACAUAUACAAUGACCAGAUUGAUUAUGCUUGCAAUCUGUUCAAGGAAAUGCCUGAACGGGACUGUUUCACAUAUGCAUUGAUGAUUACCUGCUAUUCGCGUUAUGGAUCGAUUGAUAAGGCACGAGAAACAUUUGAUUUACUUUCUGAUAUGACCGAUGUUGCUUGUUGUAAUGCAAUGAUUACAGGUUAUGUGAAAAACGGUAGGUUUAGUGAAGCUAGGAUAUUGUUUGAUAGGAUGCCUGUUAGAAAUUUAGUGUCUUGGAACUCGAUGCUUUUGGGUUAUACGCAGAAUGGGGAAAUGGAACUUGGACUGAAGUUUUUUAAUGAGAUGGAUGAAAAAGAUAUUGUUUCAUGGAACCUGGUGGUGUCUGGAUUCGUUGAGGCGGGUGACUUGGACUCCGCUUGGGAGUUCUUUGAGAAGAUUCCUUGUCGAAAUGUUGUUUCUUGGGUCACGAUGUUGAGUGGAUAUGGGCAUUAUGGUUAUAUAUUGCAAGCUCGGAGGGUAUUUGAUCAAAUGACCGGAAAGAAUUUGGUUGCAAGGAAUGCAAUGUUGGCUGUAUAUGUCCAAAAUGGCCACAUUGGUGAUGCUGGCAAUAUGUUUAAUGAAAUGACAGAAAGAAAUGAUGUUUCUUAUACUACCAUGAUUAGUGGUCUUGCGCGCAUAGGAAAGCUUGAGCAGGCAAAGACCUUGUUAGAUACAAUGCCAUACAAAAAUGUGGUUGCACAAACCGCAAUGAUUUCAGGAUAUAUACAACAUAAUAUGAUAGAUGAUGGUCGUAAAAUCUUUGAUCAGAUGGGCUCUCGUGACAUUGCUUGUUGGAACACCAUGGUUGCGGGUUAUGCUCAAUCUGGGAAGAUGGAUGAGGCUUUCUAUCUAUAUAAAAAGAUGGAUAAAAAAAGUAUAGUUAUUUGGAACACCUUGAUUGCUGGGUAUGCUCAAGUAGGAAAAAUAGAAAAAGCUUUUGAUAUGCUAGAGAGCAUAAAGGAAAGGAAUGCAGUUUCUUGGAACUCUCUAAUUUCAGGGUGUACACAAAGUGGUUUUUAUGUAGAUGCUCUAAAGUUUUUUGUUUCAAUGGCACGUGACGGAAAGAAGCCUGAUCAAUCUACAUUUGCUUCUGUAUUACGUUCAUGUGCCAAUCUUGCUCUUGAAUAUGCUGGGGGGCAACUUCACCAAGCAAUUAUGAGAGGCGGGUUUGCAAAAUAUUUAUCUAUUUCUAAUGCCUUAAUCACUAUGUAUGCAAAAUGUGGACAAAUCAUUAAUGCCAAAAAGGUAUUUUGUGAUCUUGAUGACGCAGAUGUUGUGUCUUGGAAUUCUUUGAUUGCCGGUUAUGCCUUAAAUGGACAUGGUAAAGAGGCAGUCAAACUGUUCCAGGAAAUGGAAGGAAAGGGGAUAAAUCCAGAUGAAGUAACAUUUGUUGGAGUUCUGUCUGCAUGUACUCAUGCUGGCUUAGUUGAUCUUGGUCUAAAUUUAAUUGAAUCCCUGAGUAAAAAGUACUCUAUCGAGCCAGUGACUGAACACUAUGGGUGUAUACUUCACUUACUUGGCCGAGCAGGCAGAUUAGAAGAAGCAUUUCAUUUGGUUACAAAGAUGAAAGUGAAAGUCACCCCAGCAAUAUGGGGCUCUCUGCAGUGGGCUUGUAGAAUGCAUAACAAUGUGCAGCUUGCUAGCUUUUCUUCUAAGAAGCUCAAUGAAAUUGAACCCCAUAAAUCCUCAAAUUUGGUAACUGUUGCAAACAUGUAUGCUGAGAUAGGGAGAUGGAAUGAAGUAGAAAGAGUUAGGGAAACAAUGAUAGAUAAUAGAGGAGAGAAACAACCAGGAUGUAGCUGGAUUGAAGAUAAAAAUCAUUUAGUCGUGUUUCAUGCUGAUGACGAUGACUCAAGAGCACAAAAAGCGGCAAUUCGAAAUGCAUUGAAGAGUUUAACUGCACAGAUGAUGGAUGUAGUUUGUCUACAUGUUGGUUGAUCACCUUGUCUUGAAAUAGGAUGAAUCAUCCCAUAUGAAUGCAGUGAAAGGAUCUUUGGCCAGAUUAGUAUCAUCACUCAUCAGCUCUGCUUUUACGAAAUACGAGCAAUGAGAGACUGGAUAAAGUCGAGCAGCAGCAACAAUAUGUGAUAUUGGGAUGCAGAAUUAUCUUCCCAGCAUCUUGGUUAUUGUGGCCUAAUGUCGUGCAAAGCCACCAGAUUAGCUGAUUGAUCAUACAAUCUCCCACUGAUAAAGGAUUUGGAGUUAAAGUUUUCCGAAAGAGGCAACAAGCGGUCGUAGUAAAAAGCUAAGCGCACAGUAAAAUAUGAUCACUGUUAUGGGGAAUUCAACGGCUACAGGAACAUUAGGGGAAACGCUAGCCAGGCAUCAGAAGAAACCACGAGUGUAUAUUGGCUGCAUGAAAUCCGGUCCUGCUCUUUCUCAAAAACAUGUCCUCCACAAAUAUGCUAAUGAAGAUGUUUCAUUGGGGUCUUGGUUUAUUGGGCUCGAUGUGCACCACACUGAUGGUAGAAGAUUAUGCUGUGGAACUCUACCUGCGGGAUAUGCAGGUCAGCUGAUAGAAUAAAGGAAGUCCACCAAUGGUGCGGUGCGGAAGUCACACCGUGUUUCUUCCCACCUCCGGAAGAUGCAUAAUCAUGAGUGUACCAAGCAUUUCUCUUAUAUUAUUCUCUAUAGAUGGAAGUUAUGGUUGGUGAUCCCCAUGGGGGAGAGACAUAGGAGGAAAUAAAUGACUAAUGCUACAUGGUCAUCAUGGUGUACACCAUCUUUAUAAAAUUAUCGGUAUAUCCGUGCCCUAUAGACUUACUCAUACAUCCAUUUAUGCAAGGAUUUAACAGUAAUUUGAUAAUUUGUGUGUAAUGGGAUUCUUGCCAAUGGUGCAUUUCUUGCAAAAUCCCAAAGUGAGUCUUCUCAGACCAUAUCCCUUGAUAAUUUGUUCUAACGGCAUUCCAUUCCUGCUCAAUUAAGUUAUAUGAUCUAAAUUUGAUUUUAGAUU